AUGAUCUAUGGUAUUCUUCUUGAGAGUUGUCGUUAUGGAGUCCGUGAAGUGUACGGACACGAAACAUGGAAAAAAAUAGUACAGGAAAUGAAUUUUGAACAUGAAUCAUUUACGACACUUGGCCGUUAUGAUGAAUCAUUAAUUGAAAAAAUUUCUCAGACUUUAUCGGAAAUCUUACAUGAAGGUGAACCCGAUUUAUAUAUGCAAUUUUUUGGUGAGAGCUUUGUAAAAUUUUUCACAAACUAUGGUUAUGAUAAAAUUUUACGUGUUGCUGGAAGACAUUUUCGAGAUUUUCUUCAUUCCAUUGAUCAAUUACAUGAUUCAACUAGAUUUAGUUUUCCAAAAAUGAAAUCACCAUUAUUUCAUGUUACUGAAGAAGAUGACAAUGGUGCUAUUUUACAUUAUAAAUCAAAACGUCGUGGUUUCCAGCGAUAUAUUAUUGGACAAUUAAAAGAAUGUGCAUCAAGAUUUUUUAAAGAAGAAAUAUCUGUUUCUAUUCAACAUGAUAUAUCAACAAAUGAAUAUACUCAUAUUGUUUUUCGUGUGGAUUUUAAUAAUUUUAUGGCACGUUCAAUAGAGAGACGCCUAAUGCAAGGUCCAAAAUUACCCAAUCUAACAAGUGCAACAUUUUUUAAAGUAUUUCCAUUUGCUAUUUUACUUGAUCCAGAAAUGCGCAUAUUUUAUCUGGGACGUUCAAUAAGAAAUGUUUUUCCACCUGAUACAGUGCUAAUUGGUCGUUUUCUAGAAGAUGUAUUUCAUCUUGUUCGGACAGAUAUAUCACUUGAAUGGAGCAAAGUACUUUCAUAUGGUCGACAUAUUGUAUUUGUUAUCGAAAGUAGAAUUCCGCUGCAUACAAAUUCAUCAGAAUUUGCAAAAAAAUUUGGUUCAAAUAAUUCUCUAAUACGUCUUAAAGGACAAAUGAAACUAAUAACAGCUUGGAAUAUGAUUGCUUUUCUUUGUCAUCCCAUAUUAGCAACAACAGAAGACAUGCUUGCAGUUGGUUUAUUUUUACAUGAUUUAAAUUUUUAUGAUGGUAGUAGUGAAAUUCUUAUUGCUGGUAUGCAACAUGCUCGAACAUUACAAGCAGCUAUUGAUAAACAACAUGCAUGGAUAACAAAAUUACAAAGUUCAAAAUUAGAAUUACAAGAAUGGCGUCGAAAAGGCAAACGUCUUUUAUAUUCAAUGAUGCCAAGACAUGUUGCACAUAUGUUACAAGAUGGAGUUUUAGCUAAUUCAAUAUGUGAAUCUCAUAAAUUAAUAACUGUUCUAUUUGGAUAUUCAAUUGAUUUUAAAGAUGUUGUACAAAAAUUAACUCCACAAGAAAUUGUUGAAUCAAUCAAUGCUACAGUCAUUGCAUUCGAUCAAUGUGCAGAACGUUUUGAUGUAUUUAAAGUUGAAACAAAAGCUGAUUCAUCAUAUAUGGUUGUAGCUGGUAUACAAGAUCGUCCAGUACAACAAAAACGACGUGAAUCAACUGCAAGUCAUUCAACGACGUAUAGCCUUUCAAUAGCGGAUGAAUUAGGAUCUGAAAUGAAAAAUCCAUUAGGUCUUAAUCAAGCAGAAGUCGUUGCUGGUCUUGCGCUUGAAUUAGUGAAAAGUUCUAAAAAAGUUAUAAAUCCUGUUACAAAACAACCAUUUCGAGUUAAAUUUGGUUUUCAUUCUGGUCCUGCUGUUGGUGGAAUAGUAGGUGCAAAAAAUUUUCAAUAUUGUCUGUUUGGUGAUACAGUUAAUACGGCUAGUCGAAUAACAACAACAGGAGAACCAGGCAAAAUUCAUUUAAGUAGUACAUCAUAUGUACUAUUAAAAGAUUCAUUAUAUUUUCAACUACAAUAUAGAGGGAAAACCGAAUUGAAAGGUAAAGGCUCAUAUGAAACUUAUUGGUUAACUGGUUCAACAGGAACUUAUACAUCUGCUCUCAAUCAAGCUUCAUUUGACGAUAAUGAUGAAGAACUUAUAAGACCUAUGUUUCAACAAACACCUAUGUUUGAAAAUACUAGUCAAAUAAAUUUUACUCAUACAUCUGAUGAUUAUAUUAAAUCAAUACGACGACCAUCAGUUUGGAAUACUAUUAAUAGACAAACACCGGUUAUCAAUGGUCAAUGUCCAUUUAGUGGUCAUAUAAUUGAAAUCGAACCACCUUCAAAUGCUAAAGACUAA